AUGCCCUUCUCGCGCUAUCUCGACCAGUCGCCCAGUGACUCGCCCACGUACGCCCACCCCUCCGCCUCCCACUCCGACGCCGCCCUCGGCCUCGACCCCUCCACCUUCUCCUCCAACGUCCAGUUCCAGGUCCCCAACCUCAUCUUCGGCGCCCCCACCAUCGCACCCGGCGGCGGUGCAGAAGUCCUCCCACCCGGCUUCAUCUCCACUCAUGGCCCCCUUACCGCCUCCUGCCCCUCUACCUCCUCUGCUCCACCAAAGUACCACCUGCCCUGUCCCGACAAUCCGUAUCCAACCUAUCCUUCUCCACAACUGCCUGUUCCACCAGGCUAUCGUCAUCCGUACGGCACACCCACUCCUUCGCCUCCCACCUCCCUCUCCUUGCCCACAGCCCUUGGCCUUCCCGUCUAUUCGACCUCUGGCUUCGACCUCCUCUCUAUCCUUGCUCGUGUAGCGAACCGACCACAUCCAAAGAUCGUUCUGGGGCCAGUAGACCUCACUUGCUCCUUCGUCGUCUCCGACGUCCGCCGUUAUGACUCGCCCAUAGUAUACGCUUCACCGACAUUCUGCAGGCUCACUGGCUAUGACGAGCACGAAAUCCUCGGCCGCAACUGUCGAUUCCUCCAGAGUCCCGACGGCCGCGUCCAGCGCGGCGAGCAGCGCCGCCAUACCGCCCCCGAAGCCGUCCUCCAUCUCAAGCGCUGCACCUCCCAGGACAAGGAGUGCCAGACCAGCAUGAUCAACUACCGCAAGGGCGGCGCCGCUUUUAUCAACCUCGUCACCGUCAUCCCCAUCCUUGGCGGCGUCAACGGAGCGCUUGAUGAGGCCGAUGAGGUCGUCUACCACGUCGGCUUCCAGGUCGACCUCACCGAGCAGCCAAGCGCCAUCCUUCAGAAGCUCCGCGACGGCUCCUAUCUCGUCGACUACUCUCGCAAGCUCAACCUCCCCACGCUCAGCGGCCACUCCACAUCCACCCGCGACUGGCGCGCCGCGUCCUCCGGAGGCGCCGGUGUCUCGCCCGAACUGCACGCACUGCUCGAGAAUCCCGCUUUGGUUGACUCGCUUCCGAUCUCGACGGGCACGAUGGGCUCCGCGACGCCCGCGGUGGGCGAGAAGCCCGAUCCGCUCGACGGGAACCGCCUCUUGAGCCUCGUGCUGCUCGAGCACGCGCCCGACUUUGUCCACGUCGUCUCGCUCAAAGGCGCUUUCCUGUACGUUGCGCCGAGUGUGCGCCGAGUGCUCGGCUAUGAGCCCGAGGAGCUCGUCGGACGGAGUAUCGCCGAAUUCUGCCAUCCCGCGGACGUCGUCCCGCUCAUGCGCGAGCUUAAGGAGUCCAGCGGGCCCAUCACAAGCGGGCACGCGCUCUCCAUCGGGGCAUCAUCCACAACGCCAACAGGAGGAACGGAAAACAUCCCGCGCAAAGUUGACCUGCUGUUUAGAAUGCCGACCAAGGCAGGCACGUUCGUGUGGGUCGAGUGUCGUGGCCGCCUGCACGUCGAGCCUGGCAAGGGGCGCAAGGCGAUCAUCCUCAGCGGGCGCGUGCGCCACAUGCCACGGCUCGACUGGGGCCCGAUUGAGCGCUCGGGCGGGCUGUCCGCGCCGGUCGUCGCGCACACGGACAACGCUGAGGAGGAGCACGUCGAGCUCGAGCGCGAAUUCUGGGGGGUGCUGAGCACGGAUGGGACGUUCCUCUUUGUGGGUGCGGCUGUGAGGGAUGUGCUCGGCUGGGGCGCGGGCGAGGUCAUCGGGCGCACGUUGAGGGAUUUGAUCGGCGGGGCGGCGCCUGCGGAGGCGCAGCGCGUGGUGGAGGAGGAGCUCGCAAGGGUGUGUGCGGAAGGCCCGGGCGUGGGCAUGGAUGCACGCACCGUAAGCUGUGAGAUGAAGCGCCGAGACGGCACACAGGUAUCUGUGCAGGUCGUGCUGUACCGUUCGCAGGACGGCACGGAGCCGCUGCAGUGGACGACGAGCCAGGCAUCUGCGUCCGCGAAUGCUAUCCCGGAUGCGAAUCAAGGGCCGGUGGUGUGCCAGGUGAAGCUGUACGGCAGCGGAGGGAGGUCGCGCUCGGGGCUGGUGCACCACGUGGGCGAUAGCGUGUUCGACGAGUUGCAGACGGCGCGGGGGAGUAGCUGGCAGUACGAGCUGCAGCAAGUCAAGUUUGCGAACCAGCGGCUCGUGGACGAGGUCGCGGCGCUCGAGGCGGCGAUUGCGGCCAAGGCUCGCCAGCCCUCAACGCCUCAGCUCCACUUACCGUCGAUGCACCAGGUCGUGUCGCCUUAUGCGCCUGCGCACGAGUAUGCAGAGUCGCAGAUGCCGUCGUACCCGCCUCAGCGCGUCGACGCACACCCCUCGCAGGACUGGCGGAUGCACGGCCAUUUGUCGUCGUGGAGUGACCUGCAGACGGCCAUGCCGAUGAUGCCCAUGAAGCGGUCAUGGGAGGGCGUAGGCGACCCCGGGGGGCCGACCUGA